GUUCGCGCUCCGCCUGCGCCUGCGCGCCGGCUGUGGCGUCACUUCCGGCGGGGCCUCCCAGCUGGAAGAGGCGGCGGCGGCGAUACAGGGCUAGAAGCAGAGGGGACCUGGCAGCGGAGUGCUAGGACCAGCGCCCCAGCGAUGACCAGCUCCCCCGUCUCCAGAGUUGUCUACAACGGCAAGAGGAACAGCAGUCCCCGCUCUCCCAGCAGCAGCGAGAUCUUCACGCCGGCCCACGAGGAGAACGUGCGCUUCAUUUACGAAGCCUGGCAGGGUGUGGAGCGAGACCUUCGGAGCCAGAUGUCGGGCAGCGAGCGGGGCCUGGUGGAGGAAUAUGUGGAGAAGGUCCCUAACCCCAGCCUGAAGACCUUCAAACCCAUCGACCUGAGCGACCUGAAGCGCCGGAACAUGCAGGACGCCAAGAAGUCUUAGAGCGCCCGAGCCCCUCCCCCACCUCUGGAAGAUCAGGGUGCACUUGACCUUGGUUACCUCCUGUCCCGUGGGCUGCUCCUGGUGGGGAGGGGCCUUGCCCCAGCGGGCUGCAAACCCAGGACCCCAGGACCUUGUGAUUGAUGGCUGGGGCUGCCCUUCCUCCCUGAGCUGCCUCCUUUCCUUUUUGGGGGGGGCUCUCAAGCUGCCUCUGUCACUGGGGAUCGGGGACCUACCAAGCCCUGCCCUGCUCCCAACCUGGCUGCAUCUUUGGAGCUGCCUGCCCCGCCUGCACCCUGGGGGGCCCCGGCCCCACUUCUCCCCACCCCUGCCCCAUCUUGGCCUCUACCCCUGGCCAGAGAAUCAGGAGGGAGAAGAGGGCACCUCUAUUGUCUCCCAGGCUGGUGGCAUUGGGCUGGUUUUGUCCUUGAGGUGGUCAGGACGCAGAACAAGGCCAGCCCCCACCCCACCCCGGGUCCAGCUUGGGUCCUCUGCAGACCCUGCUGCUCCUGUGGCCUGGCCCUGUCCAGCCUGGCACCUUCCCUGUGCCAGCUUUAGGGUGGAGCCAGCCUCAGGGCCUAGGACACUGCUGCCCCAGAGGGGUCCCCAGCACCAGGCCUGGCCUCCUGGUGUCUGGCCCUGUGGCCCCUUGGGCAGGGGCACCGAGGCUGACCCUGAGAUGGUGGUGCUGCCAAGCCUGUCCUGGCUCUCUGGGGUGUGCUGGGAGGGUCACCAGGGGCCCUUUUUCUUUCUGUGCCCUCCAAAAGCCAAGUGUCUGUGUGGCUCUGGAGCCUGAGGGUCCGUGAAUAAAGGCGGGUGGCACAGGA